GUUCUCUACCGUAAAUUAUGGUACAGUAUUCCGACGGGAGUAUUCGGGUUAGAGCGAGACCCGUAUAACCCGCUUUUUUAAACGGGUCGGGUAUGAGUCCCGAUCGACCCGAGUCUUUACUCUCCUCCAUCGUGUUCUGCAUCUCAAUUCUAACUAGCUCGAAAUAACUGUCUCUGCGUUCGUUACUCGCUUUACAUAAUACCAAAUGAUUCAGAUCAAAUCCCAACCUCCACUCUUUACUACUUGAGUUUGAUCUCUCUCUCUCUAUUCUUCUUCUUCUUCCUUAGAUCACUCUAAUGGCGAAGAAGCACGUCAAAGAUAACCCCCUGCCGCUCUCUCAGUUCGGCGUCUUGGUAGCUCAAUUGGAGUCCAUAGUCGCCUCCGCCGCCCAGAAGCCACCGGAGCCCCUCCUCUGCUUCGAUCUCCUCUCCGAUCUCAUCUCCGCCAUCGCCGAAGAGCCCAAGGAGUCGAUUUUGUUAUGGCAAAGGCGAUGCGAGGAGGCACUUUAUUCACUGCUUGUACUUGGAGCUCGGCGGCCGGUGCGGCAUUUGGCUUCAGUUGCAAUGGCGAGGGUUAUAUCCAAGGGAGAUAGCAUUUCAAUAUACUCCAGAGCCAGCAGUCUCCAAGGGUUUCUUUCUGAUGGGAAGAAGAGCGACCCGCAAAAAGUAGCUGGGGCUGCACAAUGCUUAGGAGAAUUAUAUCGAUAUUUUGGGAGGCGAAUCACUUCAGGUUUACUUGAAACGACUAUGAUUGCCACAAAACUCAUCAAGUUUCAUGAGGAAUUUGUGAGACAAGAGGCUUUAUAUAUGCUUCAAAAUGCUUUGGAAGGGUCUGGUGGUAGUGCUGCUGCUUCAGCAUACACCGAGGCAUUUCGUCUCAUCAUGCGGUUUGCUGUUGGUGAUAAAUCAUUUCUUGUCAGAAUCGCUGCUGCAAGAUGUUUGAAGGCAUUUGCUAUUAUUGGAGGACCGGGUUUAGGGGUGGGAGAACUUGACAAUUCAGCUUCUUUCUGUGCCAAGGCCCUUGAGGAUCCUGUUUCAUCUGUCCGUGAUGCAUUUGCUGAAGCAUUGGGUUCGCUGCUUGCUCUUGGAAUGAAUCCUGAUGCACAGGUUCAACCAAGAGGGAAGGGACCUUUUCCUCCAGCAAAGAAACUAGAAGGUGGUUUGCAAAGGCAUUUAGCAUUGCCUUUCACAAAAGCAAGUGGCGCUCGGUCAAAGGAUGUGCGAGUUGGCAUAACAUUGUCUUGGGUGUUCUUCUUACAGGCAAUUCGUUUGAAGUACUUGCAUCCAGACAGUGAGCUUCAAAACUAUGCAAUUCAGGUUAUGGACAUGCUUCGUGCCGAUACUUCUGUUGAUGCCUACACUCUGGCUUGUGUUCUCUAUAUCCUUCGUGUUGGUGUUACCGAUCAGAUGACAGAACCUACUCAGAGGAUUUUUUUGGUUUUUCUUGGACAGCAGCUUAUGUCUCCUGAUGCCAGUCCUUCCAUGAAAAUUGCUGGUCUACGUACUGUCUCAUAUACCCUAAAAACUCUGGGAGAGGUUCCAGCUGAGUUCAAGGAAGUACUUGACAACACUGUUGUUGCAGCAGUAUCUCAUUCUUCUCAACUUGUACGAAUUGAGGCUGCUUUGACAUUGCGUGCACUGGCUGAGGUUGAUCCCACCUGUGUUGGUGGUUUAAUUUCAUAUGGGGUGACCAUGUUGAAUGCUCUGAGAGAAAAUAUAUCGUUUGAAAAGGGGAGCACUUUGCAAUUAGAGCUUGAUUCUUUGCAUGGGCAAGCUACUGUGUUAGCAACUCUGGUGUCCAUUUCCCCAAAAUUACCUCUUGGUUAUCCCGCUAGGUUGCCCAAAUCAGUUCUUGAAGUUUCAAAGAAAAUGCUGACUGAAUCUAGUCGGAAUCCUCUGGCCGCUACAAUUGAAAAAGAAGCUGGGUGGUUACUUUUGUCAUCUCUCUUAGCAUCCAUGCCAAAGGAGGAGCUUGAAGACCAGGUUUUUGAUAUUCUUUCCUUGUGGGUGUCCCUUUUUACUGGAAACCCACAAAAUGAAACUAACCAAACUGGGGAUUUGAUAUCUAGGAUUCGCAUGUGGUCUGCUGCAAUUGAUGCUCUUACGUCAUUUUUAAGAUGCUUUCUUUCCCAUGAUGCUAAGAAUAAUCGGAUUUUGCUUCAACCUGUGCUUGUAUACCUAAGUAGGGCUUUAUCCUUUAUAUCACUGAUAGCAGCCAAGGAACUGCCAAAUGUGAAGCCUGCUCUGAAUAUAUUUAUUAUCAGGACACUAAUAGCUUAUCAGUCUCUUCCUGAUCCAAUGGCAUAUAAGAAUGAACACCCCCAGAUUAUUCAAAUUUGCACUAGUCCAUUCAGAGAGGCUUUUGGAUGUGAAGAAAGUUCAUGCUUGAGGUUUCUGUUAGACAAAAGAGAUGCAUGGUUAGGUCCCUGGAUUCCUGGAAGGGAUUGGUUUGAAGAUGAACUUCGUGCUUUUCAAGGUGGAAAAGAUGGUAUUAUGCCCUGUGUCUGGGAGAACGAAGUUUCUAGCUUUCCUCAGCCGGAACCAGUAAACAAGAUAUUGGUGAACCAGAUGCUUCUCUGCUUUGGAGUCAUGUUUGCUUCUCAGGAUAGUGGUGGGAUGCUGUCACUUCUUGGAAUGAUUGAGCAAUCUAUGAAAGCUGGAAGAAAGCAACCAUGGCAUGCAGCUAGUGUAACCAAUAUAUGUGUGGGGUUACUUUCAGGAUUCAAGGCUUUGCUUUCCUUGCGUUCCCAGCCAUUAGCAGUUGAUGUAUUAAAUUCAGCACAGGCUAUAUUUCAGAGUAUUCUAGCAGAGGGUGACAUCUGUCCAUCACAACGUAGGGCUGCAUCAGAAUGUCUUGGCCUUUUAGCUCGUCUUGGAAAUGAUAUCUUUACAGCAAGAAUGACAAGAUCACUGCUUGGUGACCUAACUGGAGCAACAGAUUCAAACUAUGCAGGUUCAAUUGCUUUUGCUCUGGGUUGCAUUCAUUGCAGUGCCGGAGGAAUGGCAUUGUCAACAUUAGUGCCUUCAACUGUGAGCUCAAUUUCUUUGCUUGCUAAAAGUUCAAUAGCUGGUUUACAGAUCUGGUCUUUACAUGGACUUCUGUUAACCAUAGAAGCUGCUGGCUUGUCCUAUGUAUCUCAAGUUCAGGCAACACUUGGCCUUGCUUUGGAUAUUCUUUUGUCCGAGGAGAAUGGUUGGGUUGUACUUCAGCAAGGGGUUGGCCGUCUUAUAAAUGCUAUUGUAGCUGUUCUUGGUCCUGAACUUGCCCCUGGAAGUAUUUUCUUUUCACGUUGCAAGUCAGUUAUUUCAGAGAUAAGCUCAGGGCAAGAAACAGCAACAAUGCUCGAGAGUGUUCGCUUUACUCAACAACUUGUACUAUUUGCACCACAAGCUGUUUCUGUGCACACCCAUGUCCAAACUCUUCUUCCUACUUUAUCCUCAAGACAGCCAGUUUUGAGGCAUCUUGCUGUUUCCACUCUUCGGCAUCUUAUUGAGAAAGAUCCAGUGUCCGUUGUUAACGAGCAAAUAGAAGAUAAACUAUUUCAAAUGCUGGAUGAAGAAACUGACUCCGAGAUUGGUGAUCUGGUGCGAGCCACAAUUAUGCGAUUGCUCUAUGCAUCAAGCCCUUCACGUCCAUCUCAUUGGAUGUCAAUAUGUCGAAGUGUGGUUCUUGCCGCAUCAAUGAGGAGAAAUGCUGAUAGUAUAAACGGUUUAGAAAAUGAUCCGGUGGGUACAGAGGGUGAUCCAAGUUUAAAUUCUGGAGAAGAUGAUGAUAACAUGGUUUCUGGAUCUAGAGGCUCACCCCAGUUGAUUCUCAGCAGGGAAAAGCACCUCAGAUAUCGAACCAGAGUAUUUGCUGCUGAGUGUUUGAGUUACCUACCUGGAGCUGUUGGAAAGAAUCCAGCUCAUUUUGAUCUCUGUUUGGCUAGGGACCAAUCUACUAAUGGACAGGCCUCUGGUGAUUGGCUUGUCCUCCAUAUCCAAGAACUUAUAGCACUUGCUUAUCAGAUAAGCACGAUCCAGUUUGAAAACAUGCAGCCAAUUGGUGUAGUACUUCUGAGUACGAUUACAGACAAGUUCGAGAGGACUCCUGACCCGGAGCUUCCAGGGCACCUCCUGCUGGAACAAUAUCAGGCGCAACUAGUGUCUGCUGUCCGCACUGCCUUAGACUCGUCCUCUGGUCCUAUUCUUUUGGAAGCAGGCUUCCAGUUGGCUACAAAGAUAUUCACAAGCGGAAUAAUUAAGGGUGAUCAGAUUGCUGUUAAGCGCAUAUAUUCUUUGAUUUCACGACCAUUGAAUGACUUCAAGGACCUGUAUUAUCCUUCAUUUGCAGAAUGGGUCUCGUGCAAGAUUAAGAUAAGACUUCUUGCUGCCCAUGCCUCUCUCAAAUGUUAUACAUAUGCAUUCUUGAGGAGACACCAAAGUGCGGUUCCAGAUGAAUAUUUAGCACUUUUACCAUUAUUUUCAAAGAGUUCAGACAUGCUUGGGAAGUACUGGAUUAGAGUCUUGAAGGACUACAGCUAUAUUUGCUUGUGCGUGCAUCUUAAGGCAAAGUGGAAUCCUUUUCUUGAUGGAAUUCAAUCACCUCUGGUAUCAUCAAAGUUGCAGCCCUGCUUGGAAGAAUCCUGGCCAGUAAUAUUGCUGGCAAUUGCAUUGGAUGCAGUUCCAGUGAAUCUUGAAGAGAAUGAAUCUUCAAAAUCCACUGAUGAAACUACAUCAAGCAAUAGCUUAUUGUCUGGAUAUAGUAUGGUUCAAUUGGAAUCCGAAGAUUAUCAGUUUCUCUGGGGAUUUGCUUUGCUUGUUUUAUUUCAGGGGCAAAAUUCGACCCCCAAUGGAUUGAAAAAUCCAGUUUCUAUAGUUAAAGCUUAUAACAGGGGAGAUCCAUCCAGUGAAGAAUUAUCUUCCCCAGGAGUUAAUUUAUACGAGAUUGUAUUACCGGUCUUCCAGUUUUUGUCCACCAAAAGAUUUGCCAGUGCAGGAUUUCUCACUAUGGACAUAUGCAGUGAAUUGCUUCAGGUUUUCUCAUAUUCUAUGUGCAUGGAUAAUUCAUGGGAUACUCUUUCAGUUUCUGUUCUAUCACAGAUUGUGAAGAACUGCCCUGAAACGUUUUAUGAACUGGAAAACUUUGCUUAUCUGGCAAUGGAACUCUGUUUGGCGUACCUCUGCAAGGUGUUUCUAAGUACCGAUGUGACAUCUCUGGACAAAUCCUUGGGGGAUUUGAUAUCCUCAAUAUUUGUCACAGCAAAAACCCUUGUGAACUGUUUUCAACCAAAGAAGCAACUAGUAUCUGCGGCAUUGGCGUUUCUUUUAAUUGGUUACAAGGGAAUCAGAGAAGUCUCAACUGACUUCUGCUUCUCCAAACUUGAUGAAUAUUUCAAGUGCACGAGCCUCUUAUUGAAAAGAUUUAUUGAUGAUACAUGCAGUGUUGGUGAUGAUGGUAUUCUUCAGAUGAGAAAAAUAUUGGGAACUUGUCUGAAUGUGAUCACUGAUUUGACCAAGGACUGCAUUAAGUGUAUUCAUAUGCUGGAGAAUAAGAGAUCUGAUUCGCAUACAUUACUGCAAACAAAGCUUGCUUUCUCUCUUGAACAAACUAUAUCAUUUGCCAAGCUGGGUUAUGAAAUGGAUUAUCUUGAAGAUAAUACAGAUGGUGAUUCAAUUUAUUAUGGUAUGUUUAAAUAUUGCACCAGAUGUGUCCAAACUGUACUCACCGAUUCAAGUUUACAGGUUCAAGAAAUUGGGUUGCAAGUACUAAAAAACUUGAUUCAGAAAGGCACAGAUGCAGAGGAUGACACUUUCUUAAUGCUUUUUGUUGGGGAACUUGCUUGUGAUUUUUUCCUGAUAAUGCAGAAUAUGCUAAAGAAACCUGUAACUGAAAAAUCAGCAUCUGUUGCUGGUGAAUGUUUAAGACUUUUAGUGCUUCUGCAAACAUCGUCAAAAUCUAGCGAAUGUCAGAGAGGUUUUAUGAAUUUGCUCCUGGAAGCUGUUAUCGUGGUUUUCAAGGCUUCAGAAGAAGGUUCUUCUCAGGAAGUCAAUAAACUUAGGAGCAUUGCUGUGAGACUUGUUUCUCAUCUUGCUCAAGUUCCUUCCUCUGCAGUUCACUUCAAGGAUGUGUUGCUGUCUAUGCCUCUGACUCACCGACAGCAAUUUCAGGGGUUUAUUCGUGCUUCUGUGACCCAAGAGCAUAAUGCAACACAGAUGAAGCCCACAACUCCAUUUUUGGAGAUAAAACUACCAGUGCCAACAGUGGUAAGUAAAGAGAAACAGUAUCCACUGCCAGCCACUACUACAUCACAUUCUUCUGUUUCUGAUUAUCAAAGAGAUGAGGAGGAGGAAGAGGAUGAAGAUGAUUGGGAUGCUUUUCAGUCUUUUCCUGCUACUUCAAACGCAGCUGAAAUUGACUCGAGAGUAGACAGUGCCUUGGAAACACCCGACCUGGUUGAGAAAUCGUCUCCUUCGGAAGUGAAUACAGAGAGUGAUCAAUUUCAUGGAGAUUCUGUUUCCCAACCUCUCAACAAUGUAGAGGCUACCAGCAAGGCAGACCAUCAAGAGGCUGGCAUAGCUGAGGUGAUAUCUGAUUCCCCAGAUGAUCUGACAUCCUCACAGGGUAAUAUACUAUGUGACAAUGUCAAGACAGAAAAACCCGAUGAUUCCCAAACUAAUAGUGGUGUUAUCGAGGCAUUGGAUGAUCAAAAGGAGAGAGACGAUAAAUUGUUAUCCGGACCAGAAGAGGGAAAGGGAGCAGAGUUGAACCAAGUUACUGAACACAGAACAUCUGAACUUCAUCCUAUUGAAGAUGCUGAAGGAUUGGUCGGAAAGAAUUCAGCACACCAUGAGCAGGGAAAGGAGAACACUGAUAAUAGACCAGUGCAAUCAUCAUUAGAUCCUGUAAAGCUUGGUGAGGAAGUAAAGGGAGGAGGGUCGAACCAAGUGACAGAACAGAUACCAUCUGAACUUCAUCCUGUCGAAGAUGCUCAAGGAUCGGUUGCAGUGAAUUCAGCGCACCAUGAGCAGGGAAAGGAGAUCCCUGAUAAUAGAUCAGUGCAAUCAUCAUCAGAUCCAGUCAAGCUUGACCAGGAAGUAAAGGAUAAAAGAGAAGACAAAGAAGAGUCGGCAGUUGAAGAUUCUCGGCCCCAACAACACUAACAGAGCGCCAAAGUUCAAGAAAAGCAAUGAUGAUGCUGAGAAAUCUGAAUGAUAGUAGUUGCUGUAAAUUGUAAUAUCGAUACAGAAGUACACAGCUUUUGUUGCCACUGCAAACACGGAAAUUACUUUGUAUUGUCAUGACAUGUAUCAUUCACAAUUUUCCAAGAAAAAUUACAAAUCAAAGCUUCAUUUUGGCAGAAAA